CACCGGCCGACGCCGAUCGCCCCUCCCUUCCCUCCCCGCGGCCCCGUUCUCGCAUCGUGUCCUUCUCCCCCCUCCCCGCCAAUCGGCGCUUGUGAGGCACGACCCCCUGACGCGCCUCUCAGCUCACUGAGAGCCAGAGAAAGUCCCCGCUGUAGCCAUGGCCACGAAGGAGCUCAUCCGCCCGAGUGAGGCGCCGAAGAAGAUCAAGGCCCUCCACUUUGGCAUCAUGUCCCCUCAGGACAUCUACCAGGUGGCCGAGUUUGAGGUGGUCAAUCGCGAACUCUAUACCAUCCCCGACCGGAACCCCACGCCCAAUGGCUGCCUCGACCGGCGCCUUGGUACCUCGGACAAGAUGUCCACCUGCGAGACGUGUGGGCACAAGUUGGCCGAGUGCUCCGGUCACUUUGCCCAUAUCCGCCUGGAGCUGCCGGUCUUCCACAUCGGCUUUUUCAAGGGGAUCAUCACCAUCCUGCAAAGCGUGUGCAAGACAUGCAGUCGUAUUCUGGUUGAUGAGGCCGAGGCGCAGAACUACCUUUUCCGCAUCCGCAAUCCCCGGCUGGACGGCCUCCAGCGCCGAGGCCUGGUCAAGCGCAUCCAUGAAAAGUGCAAGAAGGCCGCUCAUUGCCCGCAUUGUGGCUCGGCCAACGGGACCAUCAAGAAGACCGGCGCGCUGAAGCUGUAUCAUGAGCGCGCUCGUGGGCGCCCCUCCGAGCGUGACCAGCAGCUCAAGGUCGAUCGCGAGAAGCAGUUUGAGGCGGCCAUCGAGGCCAACCCCGAUGUCAAGACCCAUUUGUCCCGGGCCAAUGAGGACCUCAACCCGAUGCGUGUGCUGUCCAUCUUCCAAAACAUCUCCGAUGCCGAUGUGGAGUUGCUGGGCAUGUGUCCGGUGGAGGGUCGCCCCGAGCAGCUCAUUUGGACGCACAUCCCCGUUCCGCCGGUGUGCAUCCGUCCGUCUGUGGCCAUGGACGCGGCGGCUGGCUCCAAUGAGGAUGACCUGACCAUCAAGCUGAUGGAGAUCAUCCAUGUCAACAAUGUCAUCCGCCAGUCCAUCGAGAAGGGUGCUCAGCCGCAGGUGCUCAUCGAAAACUGGGACAUGCUGCAGAUCUACUGUGCCAUGUACAUCAACAGUGAGCUGCCCGGCGUGCAGCUCCCGCAGCAGAUGCAAACCAAGCCCACCCGCGGCUUCUGCCAGCGGCUCAAGGGCAAGACCGGUCGCUUCCGUGGCAAUCUGUCCGGCAAGCGUGUCGACUUCUCCGGUCGUACGGUCAUUUCCCCGGACCCGGAUCUGGCCAUCAAUGAGGUGGCCGUGCCGGAGCUCGUGGCCAAGGUCCUCACCUAUCCCGAGCGUGUGACCCGGCACAACAUCAAGAAGAUGCGCCAGCUGAUCAUCAACGGCCCGGAUGUCCACCCCGGCGCCAAUUACCUGGCCACGCCGGAUGGGCGAAAGCUCCACCUCAAGUAUGUGCGCGACCGCGAGCGCACCGCCGCCCAGCUGAACAUCGGCGACAUUGUCGAGCGCCACAUUGAUGAUGGCGAUGUGGUUCUCUUCAACCGCCAGCCUUCGCUCCACAAGCUGUCCAUCAUGUGCCACUAUGUGAAGGUUCGGCCGUGGCGCACCUUCCGGCUGAAUGAAUGCGCCUGCACGCCGUACAACGCCGACUUCGAUGGCGAUGAGAUGAAUCUUCACGUCCCGCAAACGGAGGAGGCCCGUGCCGAGGCGUUGGUUCUGAUGGGCGUGAAGGAUAAUCUGAUCACUCCGCGUAACGGCGAGCCCGUGAUCGCCGCCACGCAGGAUUUCAUCACCGCUUGUUAUCUGCUCACUCGGAAGGACAUCUUCUAUGACCGGGCACAGAUGUCGCUGAUUUGCUCGUACAUGUCGGAUGCGCGUAUGCAUGUGGACCUGCCGCCGCCGGCCAUUGUCAAGCCUGUCGAGUUCUGGACCGGCAAGCAGCUCUUCAACAUCAUCAUCCGGCCGAACACCCGCUCGCAGGUUCGCAUCAACCUCGAGACAAAGAACCGCUCUUACUCCAAGGGCGAGGACAUGUGCCCGAGCGACGGCUAUGUUGUCAUCCGUGACAGCACCGUCAUGUGCGGUACCCUGGACAAGUCUCUCGUCGGCUCCGGCUCGAAGAACACCAUUUUCUACAUCAUCAUGCGGGACUACGGCGUGGAUGAGGCCAUUGCGGCCAUGUCGCGUGUGGCCAAGAUGUGUGCGCGCUGGCUCGGCAACCAUGGGUUCUCCAUCGGCAUUGAUGAUGUGCGCCCUGGCGCGCGACUGGUCCAGAUGAAGGACCAGCUGGUCAUGGCUGGCUACGGCAAGUGCGCCGAGUAUAUCAAGGAGUUCCAGAACAACACCCUGCAGCUGGCCCCCGGUUGCACGGCCGAGCAAACCCUCGAGGCCAAGAUGACUGGCGAGCUGUCGAAGAUCCGUGAUGACGCCGGCCAGAUCUGUCUCAAUGAGCUGGACCGCUACAACAGCCCCAUGGUCAUGGCCAUCUCCGGGUCCAAGGGUUCCAAGAUCAACAUUUCGCAGAUGAUUGCCUGUGUCGGGCAGCAGGUCGUAUCCGGCGCGCGCAUCGCCGACGGCUUUGUCAAUCGCACCCUGCCGCACUUCGAGGUCAACUCCAAGACCCCGGCGGCCAAGGGGUUCGUCAAGAACAGUUUCUACAGUGGCCUGACACCGACGGAGUUCUUCUUCCACACCAUGGGUGGUCGUGAGGGUCUGGUCGAUACCGCCGUCAAGACCGCCGAGACCGGUUACAUGCAGCGGCGCCUGAUGAAGGCGCUGGAGGACCUGUCCGUGCAGUAUGACUACUCGGUGCGCAACUCCAGCGGCCAGGUGGUGCAGUUCAAGUAUGGUGCCGAUGGUCUGGACCCGGCGGCCAUGGAGGCCGACGACCGGCCGGUCAGCCUGUCCCGAGUGUUCACGCACUGCCAGUGGCACCGGCUCCCCUCGGAGGCGGAGAACCCCCUGGCGCCGGAGCACCGCGGCCUGCUGCCGGUGCAGCUGAUGCAGCUGGUCGACCGGCAGGUAAGCAUCCCGGCCGUGGCGCACCGAUGCACGUCGCUCUUCAUCGGGGAACUCCGGGAGUUUGUCUACCAGCUGGCGGCCGAGCUGGCUGGGCUGCGUCAGCGGGCCGGCCUCGAUGCGCACACCGUCACCCCGGGGCCGGUGGCGGAGCCGCCCCCGGCCGAGGCCAUUCCUCCCUCGGUCAAGCGGGCCACCUUCGGGCCGGUGUCGUCGGAUGCCCGGGCCUUCCCGCUGCCGGAGCUGCUGGACGCCCAGGGGGUUCCCUACACGGCGGCUCGAGUGGAGGCGAUCCACCAGGCGGAAAUGGGCCUGACCGCGCGCAGCUUCGUGGAUUUGCUGCUGCGCGUGACCCCGGCCCAGAUGGACCUCUUCUUUGAGACCAUCCUGCACAAGUAUCUGAAGGCCAUCAUCGAGCCGGGCACCGCGGUCGGUGCCCUGGGCGCCCAGUCCAUCGGUGAGCCCGGCACGCAGAUGACCCUGAAGACUUUCCACUUUGCCGGUGUGGCCUCCAUGAACGUGACCCUCGGUGUGCCGCGCAUCAAGGAAAUCAUCAAUGCCAGCAAGCUGAUCUCCACGCCGAUCAUCACCACGACCCUGAUUGCCAAUCGCAGCGUCCAAUCGGCACGCAUUGUCAAGGGCCGCAUCGAGAAGACCCUGCUCAGCAACAUCGCCGAGUACAUCCAGGAAACCUUCAGCGCGCAGGAGUGCUACCUGUCCAUCAAGUUUGACCUGGAUGCCAUCCAGGCCCUGCAGCUGGAGGUGGACAUGGAGCAAAUCCGGGCAGCCAUCAUCGCCGCGCCGAAGCUCAAGCUCAAGGACCGCCAUGUCCGGGUGUCGGCCAGCAACCGCAUCCGCGUGUACCCGCCGGAGGACCCGAAGUUCACCAUGUACUUCAUGCUGCAGCAUCUGAAGGCCAUGCUGCCGAAUGUCAUUGUCAAGGGCGUGCCGACGGUCAACCGUGCCGUGGUCAACACCCUGGGCGGCGGGGCCGACACCAGCUACAACCUCCUGGUGGAGGGCUACGGCCUGCGCCAUGUGAUGGCCACCGAGGGUGUGGAUGGCACCCAGACCACUUCCAACCACAUCAUGGAGGUGGCCCAGGUCCUGGGCAUUGAGGCGGCCCGGACCACCAUCAUCAAUGAGAUUCAGUAUACCAUGAGCAGCCACGGCAUGAGCAUUGACAUGCGCCAUGUCAUGUUGCUGGCCGACCUGAUGACCUGCAAGGGCGAGGUGCUGGGCAUCACGCGCUUCGGCAUUGCCAAGAUGAAGGACAGUGUCCUGAUGUUGGCCUCCUUCGAGCGGACCACCGACCAUCUGUUCGAUGCUUCCUACUUCGCCAAGCGUGAUGCCAUUGAGGGUGUGUCCGAGUGCAUUAUCAUGGGUAUUCCCAUGCCCAUUGGUACUGGGCUCUUCAAGGUCCUGCAGCACAUGGAGGCGUCGCGGGGCCCGGCAGCGGCCGAUGCUCACCUCCACAGCAUGCAGGACCCCCAGGGCCCGGUGGAGAUCGUGGAAUUCGAGCCGGCUGAUCCGGCGGCCGCCGCCGCCCCGGCUGAUGCGCCCCCGACCGUGGCCGGCCCUGGUCAGUUUGGCCUCCCGCGCCGGAAGCUUCUCUUCGACCAGCCGCGCUUCCAUGGGAAGAAGUGACAUUCGUGUGUCUCUCCCUCCCCCCAUGGGCAGCGCGGCAUGGCUGUCUUCCCCCGACGCGUUUGGGGGCCGGGCGAUGAGGGCCGACACAGCGGGCGUUUGUCACUCCUCCCGGGCUCCGGCGAAUGGGGGAGGAUCCACUCCUGCGUGGCGGUCCGGUUGGUUCGACGGUUGUCACCUUCCUCCCCAGGCAUUUCCCCCAUCUUUCCUUCCCUCCCUCUCUAUCUCUCUCUCUCUC